AAAUAGCAAGCUCUAUAGCCGAUGACGUUGCUUUAAUUUUGACAGAAUAUUCUUUAUUUCGAUGCAAUAGAUUUGAUCAAAAUUAUGUGAAUGAAAUGUUAUUGUUUAAAUUCUUGAUCGUGUUAAUUGCAUUCAAAAAUAUAUUAGCGGGAUCAAAUCGUACAGGAGGUAACACUGUAGCACCAAAAGUGCACACUGCCAAAUUUGCUGCUGGGAUUCAGCUUCUCUAUCCUAAGGAUGAGCACCUUUGCGGCGGUGUUAUGAUAAACUUGAUGCAUGUUCUUACAGCUGCAACCUGUGUUCAAGGAUUCGAGGAGGGAUGGAACUUGGCACAGCUGAAGCUGAAGACAAGUGAUCAAUCACAAGAAAACCGUGCAUCAACGUUUUUCAUUCACGAUUCCUUUAACCGUGAAACAGGAGAAAAUAACCUCGCAGUUAUCAAGGUGGAUCAUCCAUUUACUGAUGAUGAUGGAGCUGGCCCAGUUGAGUUGGCUGCAGAAAACAACACUGAAGAGUGUUUUGUUGCUUCUUGGAGCAGAAAAGGAGAGCUGUCAGUGGGUAAACAAACUCCAAAAAUGGUUCGACCUUCUGCUGAAUGCACUGUAAAUGUAUCAAAAACAAUAUGUUUCGGAAACAAUAAAACAGUGACAGUCUGCGACGUAAGUAAAUAA